AUGAAUUUAAUAUUUUUGGCUAUUGUGACUGGAAUUCAUGUUUAUUUUGCUCGUUGUGAAACAAUUAUGGAUGACAAUAAUAUUUUAAAAUUAGAUUAGUCGAUUCCCAAGAAAAUUUUGGAAAAUUUACUUUUAAUUUCAAUUAUAGCUUUAAAAUAAUCAAAUCAAUUACAAUCCUUAAGAGUCAUAUUAUUACUUCUUAAAUAUUUAUUGUAUAUAAUAUCAUCAUUAAAAUGGAUAAAUGAGAAACAUUUCCUAAUAAUUGAAUGUAUUUCUUCAGUUAUUACUGUUGGAAUUGUACUCAAAUUAGCAUUUUUUGAUAUUUUAUUGAUUAGUUUACUACUAGUAUCAAUCCUUUAAUAAGUUUAAGAUUAUGUAUUAUCAUUCUAUAUUACUACAAAAGAAUAAGACAAUUUUGUUACAAUCUAAGUAUUCUAAAAUAUUUAAUUAUAUUUAGAUAAUAGAAGAAUGCUUAAACAUGGGAACAAAUUCAAAACAUGCUAUCAUACUUAGAACUAUUACUAAUAAUCAUGUUUGUCCAAGGAAAACAAAAAGAGUUGAAACAAUAACAGAUUGUUUAUUAAGAAAAAUGGCAAACACAAAGGAUUAAUCUAAUAAAAAUAGAAAUAUAUUAAUAUAUUGUUAAUAUAUAGCUAAUAAUGCUCCAUUAAAGGGAUUAAUUAAAUUAAUCACUGUUAAAACCGAAGACAUUUAUCAUUAAUCUUCUUAUGCAAAUUUAUGUACUUUAUUGAAUGAUAGAGUUAAAUAAUUUUAAUAAGAAGCUUAAUAACUUAAUGGAAAGAAGAGUUCUAAUGAACAUUCCAAUAAUUUAGAUGCAGAAUCUGCAUAUACUACUACUAAUUCAAAUGAUAUUCUUUUUCCAAUUUUAAGUAAGGCUUUAAAUGCCAAAAUCUAAUUUUGGAAUAAAUUAAUUAAUGGAUAUCAAGAAAUAGACAAUCUAUUAGGGGAUACACUUUAGACAACUGAGAAGAUGUUGAAAUGCAAAUUAUAAUUUGAAGAAAGAUUCGAUAUUGAAAACAUGAAAUUAAAAAAUGGAAGAUCAACAGAUGUUCUUACAAUGAGAAUUUUAUAAAUAUAUUAUUCUGGAAUUUAUACUAAUUCCUAUCUAGCUUAUAUGUUAGAAAAAUAGAUAGAAGACUUAUUAAAGAGCGAGCGAUUUAAAGAAGAAGAAUCAUUAGAUAAUGUACAAUUAGUAGAAAGUAAUUAUUUUUAAUACUUGUAUUUUAGAUAGAAUAAUAAUAUUGAAAACUAGUUUAGUUAGAAAAAGAGGAGAACUCAUUGAUCUCAAUGUUAAGUAAUUAAGUUAAUUCUUAAAUGAAAAAGAUGAGGCAAUUAAGCACAUAAAGCAUUGCACAUAAUUGAUGCCUAAAUUUUUAGCUUAGAUUCAUGACAAUUUGAUGGACAAUUAUACUACUAAUGGUUAUUCAAGACUAAUGAUUCAUGGAGAAUCUAGUUUUUAUGAAUUGUUGUCUGGAUACUUGGAACCAUGCAAUAUAAACUUAUAUAACUUUUAUGAUAAUGAAUAGGAUUUUAUACUAAAUAUGAUUAUGACCAAAGUCCAAUCCAAGAAUGAAACAAUUCUGUUUGGGGUAGAUGGGAGAAUUUUAGGAUUUACUAAAUAAUUUUAUGAAGAGGCCUUUAAAGAUUAAACAAUUAGUUCUCGCCAAUUACUUUCAGUUUAAGAUUUAUUGAUAAGAAUGCCAUUAAUAGCAUAUUAUAUUCCUUAAAUUAUAAAUUAAACAUAGGAACUAUAAGCUUAAAUAAACUCUUCAUCAAAUUAUUUACUCAAUAAUUUAAAAUCAUAAUGGAUUAUACCUGAUAAUCAUAUGGAAUGUUUAUAAACAUCUUCAUUAAUAUUAUCUUAGUUUAAAAAGAAACAAGACAAUUCUAAUUUUAAAUCUCUUAAAUCUUAAACUUAAUCAAGAUAUUCUCAAUAGUCCUAAAACACACAAAUUGAAAAUUAUGAUGAUAAAGACUUCUCCAAAGAUUUAAAAAAUUUAAUUAUGAUUAGUGAAAACCCUAUCAUAUUAUUGCAUCCUGAAUACAAUGAAUUAAUAACGCGUUAAAUAACGUAUAAUAAUAAUUAGAACUCUUCACUUGAAAUUCAUUAUAGUCUCUAAUAUAAAACUCUUAAAUUUAAAAAAGGGGAAUUUGGCUUCUUCUAAUUAUCUAUAAAAGAAUAUAAAAAGUGGUCAACGACAUUAUCAUAAGUAGGAGCACCAACUAAUUAAACCACUUUGGAUAAUUAAUAGUCGGUAAAUGUGAUUAGUGAUAAUGGAAUGAAAAGUAGAUCUUAGUAAAUGAGUAAUGUAAAUUCAGAAAUUUCAGAAAAAUUUGAAGAAGGUCUAAAAGAUAUAAAAUAAAUUUAAUAUUUUAACUCAAGUUUAUAACAUUUUAAAGAUAACAAUAAUAGUGCAAAUUAAUCUAAAUUAUAAUCAAUUUCAAAUUCAAGAUUAAUAGUGUAAAAAUUAGGCAAUACUGAAAGAGUGUUUGAAUCAGAAUAAUAAACAGUUGGUUAUAUAUCUCUGGCUACUAAUACAAAAAGAUGCAAUUCAAAUUUAUUUUUACAAUCUUAAUUUUCUUUAUAGCCAUAAUAUGUUUAACCAAAAAUUUUUGAUAAAAGGAUAUUAGAAGAAGUGAAUGAUAUAGAAAAUGAAAUGAAUUAUAUUGAAAAUUAGGAGUAGCUUAAAGAACAAUUAUAAAUUGAUAAAAAAAACCAACUCAUUUAAGAUGAGGAAGAUUAGAUAGAUAUAGUGCAAUCAAACAGUUAGAGUGAAAAAAAGAAAUCUAACAUCUUGGAAAAAUUUCAAAAAUCAUAAUUAAGAAAAUAAAAAGAUAAUUUUGGAGAUUUUUAAUCAAAUCCAUCUAGAACUUCAACAAGUUCAACUUCAAAAGAGGCACUAACAAUAGUUCAAUAACUUUAUGAUAAUAAAAAAUUAAUUAACCCUCUUAAGAAAAUUUCAUUUGUGUUAAUAUUAAUCUGUUGUGGUGUUUUGACUAUUAAUAUUAUUAAUGUUAAUGAAAUAGAAAAUAAUUUAUUAACUUAAAUUGAUCAGAUCAAUAAUGUUAGAAAACCUUUAAACAUAAAUUAUUUUUAUUUUGGUGUAUUAUUUUAGUAAUUAUGUUAAUUACUUCAUGAUAAGAAUAUUUUAGAGCUGAGUCCAUUUUUAGCCAAUAGACUUUAAGAAUAACUUUUUAUUAUGUAUGAAUAUGGAAGAGAAAUUAUGUUUGAUCAUAUAGUUGAUGUUCCCAUUUUGGCAAAAGCUUUGGAUAUAACUACAUUUCCAUGUAAAAUAAUAGAAAAUAAUGAAAGAGUUACAUUAAACACUACUCUGCAUGAAUUUUAUUCGAUAUAUUUUGAGCUUGCUGAAGAUCUAUACAGAAGAAAUUUAAAAUGCACUAAAGAUUGUGAUUAUUCUGAUUUCUAUACACAUGGCUUUAUAAGAUAAAAUUUAGUUAUUAUGAUGGAAUUUCAUGAUUCACUGAUUGAUUAAAUUACUCAAGUUACUCUAGAAACAUAAAAUGAAGUUAAAGGAGAUUUCUUAUAAAUUAUGCUAGCCGAAAUGUGUGUAAUCUUAUUUUUAGUUGGAAUUUAACUCAAAAUUUGGCUAUUUGUUGAUUAAAUAACUAAACAUAUUUUAUUUUUGAUAUCAAGAUUAAAUGAAAUUUAGGCAUUUGAUUAGAUAUAAAAAUUAUCAACUAUUANUUAAUCUAAAUUAUAAUCAAUUUCAAAUUCAAGAUUAAUAGUGUAAAAAUUAGGCAAUACUGAAAGAGUGUUUGAAUCAGAAUAAUAAACAGUUGGUUAUAUAUCUCUGGCUACUAAUACAAAAAGAUGCAAUUCAAAUUUAUUUUUACAAUCUUAAUUUUCUUUAUAGCCAUAAUAUGUUUAACCAAAAAUUUUUGAUAAAAGGAUAUUAGAAGAAGUGAAUGAUAUAGAAAAUGAAAUGAAUUAUAUUGAAAAUUAGGAGUAGCUUAAAGAACAAUUAUAAAUUGAUAAAAAAAACCAACUCAUUUAAGAUGAGGAAGAUUAGAUAGAUAUAGUGCAAUCAAACAGUUAGAGUGAAAAAAAGAAAUCUAACAUCUUGGAAAAAUUUCAAAAAUCAUAAUUAAGAAAAUAAAAAGAUAAUUUUGGAGAUUUUUAAUCAAAUCCAUCUAGAACUUCAACAAGUUCAACUUCAAAAGAGGCACUAACAAUAGUUCAAUAACUUUAUGAUAAUAAAAAAUUAAUUAACCCUCUUAAGAAAAUUUCAUUUGUGUUAAUAUUAAUCUGUUGUGGUGUUUUGACUAUUAAUAUUAUUAAUGUUAAUGAAAUAGAAAAUAAUUUAUUAACUUAAAUUGAUCAGAUCAAUAAUGUUAGAAAACCUUUAAACAUAAAUUAUUUUUAUUUUGGUGUAUUAUUUUAGUAAUUAUGUUAAUUACUUCAUGAUAAGAAUAUUUUAGAGCUGAGUCCAUUUUUAGCCAAUAGACUUUAAGAAUAACUUUUUAUUAUGUAUGAAUAUGGAAGAGAAAUUAUGUUUGAUCAUAUAGUUGAUGUUCCCAUUUUGGCAAAAGCUUUGGAUAUAACUACAUUUCCAUGUAAAAUAAUAGAAAAUAAUGAAAGAGUUACAUUAAACACUACUCUGCAUGAAUUUUAUUCGAUAUAUUUUGAGCUUGCUGAAGAUCUAUACAGAAGAAAUUUAAAAUGCACUAAAGAUUGUGAUUAUUCUGAUUUCUAUACACAUGGCUUUAUAAGAUAAAAUUUAGUUAUUAUGAUGGAAUUUCAUGAUUCACUGAUUGAUUAAAUUACUCAAGUUACUCUAGAAACAUAAAAUGAAGUUAAAGGAGAUUUCUUAUAAAUUAUGCUAGCCGAAAUGUGUGUAAUCUUAUUUUUAGUUGGAAUUUAACUCAAAAUUUGGCUAUUUGUUGAUUAAAUAACUAAACAUAUUUUAUUUUUGAUAUCAAGAUUAAAUGAAAUUUAGGCAUUUGAUUAGAUAUAAAAAUUAUCAACUAUUAUAGAAAACUCGUGUUUUUAAUUUACAUUUCCUCUUUUUAUGAUUUAAAAAUAAAUUAUAAUUUGAAGCACAUAUAAGUAUUACAUUGAUUUAGAAACAAAUAAUUAAUGGAAGAUGACAAAUUUUUCUGAUCUUAUGUUCAAAUAUUCUGAUAAAAAAAAAGUUUAAAAGGCUGUUCUUAUAAGUUAAAAGGAAACUGAUAAAAUUAAUAAUAAUUAUAAAUCAACCACUGCAUUAUACUCAAGAAUCUAAAAGACCUAUUAUAUAAACAGAGUUAAUGUUAUUCUUACAUUUACCUUAGCCUUGACUUGGCCUUUAUAUUUAAUGACUGGAUAUUUGAUCCAUAUGUAAAAUAACAAUGACUUCUAGCCAUCUUUAGAGGUUACAUUAAGCAUGGUAUAAUUUAGACAUAAUAUGGAUGCAGCUGUUAUUUUAGCUGGUAUAAUAAAAACUGAGAAUUUGUUACCUAAUAAUAAUCUCAGUUUUAUAAAUUAAACAUAUAUCAUUGAAUUAUUUUUGUUUCUUAAGAAUAAUUUGUCACCUAUCUUAAAUAAUAUGGCUACUGUUGUAUUAGAUAACGCUAAUUAAAAUAACGAAAAAAGUAGAUUUGAUGAUUUAUUGAAUAAUGAUCUAUGUAUAUCUAGUAAUUCCACUGUUUUACCAAUGUGCGAACCUCAUUUAAUCUAACUAUAAUAUGAUCAGUAAUCAUAAAAUUUAUUUUAUAGCAAAGAUGAUUAUAGUGAUAUUACUAAAAAUGGGGCAUUGGGAUAUCUAGCUGGAUUCAUUAAGUUUAUUAAUUAGGAUUUCAACAUUGAAUUUACUACUUUAUUAUAUAAUCCCAAUAUAACUGAAAAUCAAUAGGAAGUCAAUACAUAGUAAUUCAAUAAUUAUUUGAUAUCAUAUUCUACUGAUAUUUUAUAAAUAAUGCGAAAAUUUCUCAUUUUACUCUAAGAAGAAAAUAUAUCGAUAGCAAAUCAAAUUAUGUCUAUUAUUUAAGCAUAUUAUUUAGGCUUAGGCAUAAGGUAUUAAAUUUAAUUACUUAUAGUAUAUUUUUGAUAUAUUCAAUAACUUCCAUAUUAUGGGUUUAUUUAGCUUAGAAAUAGAUGAAUUCUUUAAGAUAAAUUUUAGUUUUGAUCCCAGUUGAUCUGAUUCUUAGUGCUAAUAUUAGAAGUUAAGCAAAAGAGAUUCACGGUUGGCUAUAUUCUUGA